AUGUCCUCUUCUUCCUCGUCAUCUCCAGUUCAACCAGUAAAAAAUCAAGUAAAAUCUAAAACAAAUAUGCGUCGUAGUUUCUCCAACAUGUCUUUAUCAUCACGUUAUUCAUAUGAUAAUAUCGAUGAAAAUGAAGAAUAUACAUAUGAUAUUCAUGGUCAUCGUCAACGACCAAUACCUGGUACACCUAUUGAUUAUUUAUCAAAAACUAAACCAACAAAGAGAAUGAAUACAGUAAAUAAUGAUAUUCAAGGUGAUACAGCAUCUACGACGAGUGCUAUGACACUUCGUACUGAAUCUUAUAGACAAGCACAUCCAUUACAAUCGUUUGCUUUCGAUUAUCCUAAACAACCAUUACUACCUCAAUCACUAUCAAGAAAAGAUAGUUCAAAUCUACCUAAUAAACAUUAUGAAAUAUCUGUUUAA